UAGCUCGACAGUGGAAGUCCGGGGCUAGGAACCUCAGCUGCUCACUGACUGUAGCAAGUUACUGCUCGCUGGUGCCAACGCCCGGCGAAACCGAUAGCUAACAUACACUCCUGAAACACGAUAGGACCUUGCAGCCAAUUGACAGCAGAACCAGAAAGCACAAAGAUGCAGACUAUCAAAUGUGUGGUGGUAGGUGAUGGAGCAGUGGGGAAAACCUGCCUAUUGAUUUCAUACACCACCAACAAAUUCCCCUCUGAGUAUGUACCAACAGUUUUUGACAACUAUGCAGUAACUGUAAUGAUUGGGGGUGAGCCAUACACCCUCGGCUUAUUUGAUACAGCAGGUCAGGAGGAUUAUGACAGGUUACGACCACUAAGCUACCCACAGACAGAUGUCUUCUUAGUCUGUUUCUCAGUUGUUUCUCCUUCCUCAUUUGAGAAUGUUAAAGAGAAGUGGGUUCCUGAAAUAACCCACCACUGUCCCAAGACCCCGUUCCUGUUGGUAGGCACUCAGAUCGACCUGCGUGAUGACCCCUCCACAGUGGAGAAGCUAGCCAAGAACAAACAGAAGCCAAUCACCCCUGAGACGGCAGAAAAGCUUGCUCGUGACCUUAAGGCAGUCAAAUAUGUAGAGUGCUCAGCUCUAACACAGAAAGGAUUAAAGAAUGUGUUUGAUGAGGCAAUACUGGCUGCCCUGGAGCCUCCUGAACCUAAGAAAAGACGUAAAUGUGUUCUGCUCUAAGUUUCGUCGCAGCCUUCUCCGCACUGGUUGUCAAAUCUAGGUUAGCAGUACUGAAGAGGUUUGCUGCACAAGCACAUUCCAGCAUGAAUUGAGGUAUCAUGAAAUAUUUGCCUUCUGACUGACUUAACCUGAAUACAUAUUCAAUGUGUUGAAGAUUGAGUAACAUUUAAUUCUGUUUGUGAUGAUUUGGUGCCAUUGGAGUGGUCCUACAUGAUGUGAACACUGACUAAAAUCUCUAAAACGUGAAGGUGAUAUAAUGAAAUAAUUUCAGCUUGACCACAUUAUGUUUACAGUUCAUUCUUGUAGUGUUAUGAUAAAAGAAUGGACUAUGAAAUGGUAUUUUAAUAGAACUACUGUUUUAUCAACUGUCCUGUAAAACACAAACAAGCUGAUGAUGUGUUGAGGUGCUUAAAUUAUGACUCAAUCUAUUCUAUGCUUGUUUUUCUUAACUUCCCAAGUAAUACCCUUCAAGGUUAUCAUUUCUAUUUCUAUGUUGACACUGUAUGGUCUGGUAGACUAACUAUGUGAAUCCUGCUGAAGACAUGAGACUCAGUUUGUUUUUUUAAAGAGUGAUACAUUUCUCAAAGGGUUAAUAAAAAUCAUAUUUUUAAAAUAUAUUCAUAUUUGAUGUCAGCAUAGCCUUUGGGUAUAUCAAAGAAAGAUUUCACAUAAUAUGACAUUUCUAGGCUAUGCUCUUCCAUAGUCCUAGUCUGCCAAAACAAGACCUGAUAAACUGACACCUGUCAGGGUAGAGAACCACAGAAGUGUAAAAAAAAAAAAAAAAAGAAGUGGGAGCCUGAGCUUUAGAUGCAAUGUUAACACUCCAUUGGUCAUGUAUCUCAAAUAGCCACUGUCCAGUUAAAUAACCACAUGCAAGUAGUGGGAGCUCAGCAAUUAGCCAGCCAUUUACUUUUUGUGACAGAACUGAGUUAACAAGGUGAUGUAUGUCCUUAUAACUUAUCAGCAGCUGCAGUGGAAGAUCUUUGCUGGAGCAUUUCAGCUUAUAACCCAAGGCUAAUGAACUAUUUUGUAACCCUAAUGUACUUGCUGCUACACUGCAGCACCAUUAAGCCAGAGAGCAACACAGUUCUUACAAAAUGCUACAUGUUGUUUGAGACCCUGUGAAUAUUUUUGCGUGACUGAACUAGCACUAUUUGUAUUUGUCUUUGACUGUAUCCAUGCCUGGAUGAUGGGCUGGAAAUUGUAAAUAUAGUGAGAACAACUCCUAACUUAUUGAGUUAAUACAGUGUGUGCAUUACUGAUCCCAAAAUGAUACUGAAAUGAAAUUAACCAGGAAGUCAUGAAGUGAACGGGUUUCUUGGAGUCUGAUUUUUAUUCAAAUUGAGAUCAAAGUUGUACUGUAACUUGCCUCACAAUAAACCAGUAUUAUGAAUAAAUGUAACUUCAAAUACUA